AUGUGUAUGAAGGCUCAGUGCUCCACCUGUAACAAGGUGUCUUGGUGGGGCUGUGGUGCUCAUAUCCCAUCUGUCUUGGACUCUAUUCCCGAGAGCGAGUGGUGUACCUGUACUCCUCAGGUUGAGAAAGGUGGAAAGAAGUACCCUCCUAAGGCCGCUCAGUCUUGA